AUGCGAAUUAGAUUAAUCAAAAAAGAAUUAUAAACUGUUUAGGCAUAAAUAAAUUGGAAUAACAAUUAGAUAGAUGAUAAGGAAUUGUCAGAAAUUAAUGCUGCAUUUAUUGAUCUUGAUAAAAGUAAUGAUGAACAAUAUAAAUAAAGAAUAGAUGCAUUACAAAAAGAAAUUCAAGAAUAUAUUUAAUUAAAUAAGAAAUAACUUCAUAAAAUAAAUUUAUAAGCCUAAGAAAUUGAUAAGCAGAGCUUAGAAAAUAGAUAAAUUAAUAGAAAUUAUAAUAUGGCAUGGCAUUUCUAUUAAUUUUAACUCUAUUACAAUAAUUAGCCGAUUAAUAAUCAAAAAGUAGAUAAGAGAUUGAAUCUAAAUAAUAAUAAAUCAAUUUACUUAUUAAAGAAACAAUAAAUUAAUUAACUAAUUAUAAUCAUUGGAUUAGCAGAAAACAAUAGAAUUAUAAAUACAACUAGAAAAUACUAAAUGCAACGAAGAAAUCUAAGAUCUCAAGAAAAUUAUAUUAAAAAAAGAAGAAGAAAUUAAGGCACUUAAUAACUAAAUUUUAAUUGA